CCGCCCGCGCGAUGACGCCACACACCAGUCCCGCGCACCAGCCUUCGCGGGGCUCCCGGGUCCUGUGGGAUGACGUCCCACGCUGGCCACGUCCACCCAACGUUAGGCCGCGCCCAGGCCCGGGGCCACGCCCGACCGCCGCAGUAGAAGCCCCCGACCCCUCGCCGCCGCCGCACCGCCCGGCGUGCUGACGUCGCACGGCGCCGCGGGCUGAAGCGCGGGCGGGCGGGCAGGGCGGCUGCGCUGUCCCCUCAGAGGGGCGCUGGCGGGCGGGCUGCGGCGCGUCGGCCCGGAGCCAACCGGAGCGCUGCGCGGCGGGGCGAUGAGCGGCGCCCGGGCCCCGGGCCCCGAGGCCGGCGCUGCCGGGGCCGAACCCCCCGGCGCGGCGCUGAGCGUGGACGUGGCGGGGCUGCUGGUGCAGCUGGCGCGCAGCUUCGCGCUGCUGCUGCCGGUGUACGCGCUGGGCUACCUGGGCCUGAGCUUCAGCUGGGUGCUGCUGGCGCUCGGGCUGCUCGUGUGGUGCCGCAGGAGCCGCGGCCUCAAGGCCACCCGUCUGUGCCGCGCGCUGGCGCUGCUGGAGGACGAGGAGCGCGCCGUGCGCCUGGGGGUGCGCGCCUGCGACCUGCCGGCCUGGGUUCAUUUUCCAGACACUGAAAGAGCAGAAUGGCUAAAUAAGACUGUAAAACACAUGUGGCCUUUCAUUUGCCAAUUUAUAGAGAAGUUAUUUCGAGAAACCAUAGAGCCGGCUGUGCGGGGAGCACACACCCACCUCAGCACCUUCAGCUUCACGAGGGUUGACGUGGGGCAGCAGCCCCUCAGGAUCAAUGGAGUUAAGGUGUAUACUGAAAAUGUGGACAAAAGGCAAAUUAUUUUGGACCUUCAGAUUAGUUUUGUAGGAAAUUGUGAGAUUGAUUUGGAGAUCAAGCGAUAUUUUUGUAGAGCUGGUGUGCAAAGUAUACAGAUUCAUGGUACAAUGCGGGUGAUCCUGGAACCACUGAUUGGAGACAUGCCCUUAGUGGGAGCUUUGUCUAUCUUCUUCCUUAGGAAGCCACUUUUAGAAAUUAAUUGGACAGGACUGACUAAUCUUCUCGAUAUCCCCGGAUUGAAUGGUUUGUCAGAUACUAUCAUUUUGGACAUAAUAUCAAACUACCUGGUGCUUCCCAACCGAAUCACAGUUCCUCUCGUCAGCGAAGUUCAAAUAGCACAGUUGCGGUUUCCUAUACCAAAGGGUGUCCUGAGGAUACACUUUAUUGAAGCUCAGGAUCUUCAGGGAAAAGACACUUACCUUAAGGGACUUAUCAAGGGGAAGUCAGACCCCUAUGGAGUGAUUCGAGUUGGCAACCAAAUCUUCCAAAGCAAGGUCAUCAAGGAGAACCUCAGUCCCAAGUGGAACGAGGUGUACGAGGCUCUGGUCUAUGAACAUCCCGGACAAGAAUUAGAGAUCGAGCUCUUUGACGAAGACCCAGACAAGGACGACUUCCUCGGAAGUCUUAUGAUUGAUCUUAUUGAAGUUGAAAAGGAGCGCCUUUUAGAUGAAUGGUUCACCCUGGACGAGGUCCUCAGAGGAAAGCUGCACUUGAAACUGGAGUGGCUCACGCUCAUGCCAGACGCUUCAAACCUCGAGAAGGUGCUGACAGACAUCAGAGCUGACAAAGAUCAAGCCAAUGACGGGCUGUCCUCCUCGCUGCUCGUCUUGUACUUGGACUCAGCCAAGAACCUCCCGAGUAUCUACGAGGGAAACUUUGGGUGUGGCUACUUAAAAGAGAGGCGAGCGUCGGGACUAGUGUUUUGUGAAAAUACUGCCUCAGUCUGUAGAGCACUAUUUAGUAACCCAUUAGAAUUUAACCCUGAUGUCUUGAAGAAGGCUGCAAUUCAGAAAGCUUUAAAGUCAGGGAAGAAAAUAAACAGCAACCCAAAUCCUCUUGUCCAAAUGUCAGUUGGUCACAAGGCCCAGGAGAGCAAGAUUCGGUACAAAACCAAUGAACCUGUGUGGGAGGAAAACUUCACUUUCUUCGUUCACAAUCCCAAGCGCCAGGAGCUCGAGGUGGAGGUGAAAGAUGAGCAGCACCAGUGUUGCCUGGGGAACCUGAGGAUCCCUCUCAGCCAGCUGCUCGCCUGCGAGGACAUGACCCUGAACCAGCGGUUCCAGCUCAGUAACUCAGGCCCCAACAGCUCACUGAAGAUGAAGCUCGCCCUCAGGGUACUCCACCUUGAAAAGCAAGAAAGGUCUCCAGACCACCAGCACUCAGCUCAAGUAAAGCGACCCUCUGUUUCCAAGGAAGGGAGAAAAAUAUCUGUCAGAUCUCAGAUGUCUGCAUCGCCAGGCACUGCUGACAGCAGCACAGCCCCAUCCACGCCGGUCAUGGGGGGCUGCGAUAAUAAGCCAGGUGUGGAAGAGAGAGCCCAACCCGCAGAGGCCAGCCCGCAGGGUCCGCGGGACCUGGGCAGAAGCUCCUCCAGCCUCCAGGCCGGCAGCACCGGCUCCCCCAGCCACGUCUCCGUCAAGGAGCCCACCCCAAGCAUCGCCUCAGACAUCUCGCUGCCCGUCGCCACACAGGAGCUGCGACAGAGGCUGCGGCAGCUUGAGAAUGGGACGACCCUGGGACAGUCCCCGCUGGGGCAGAUCCAGCUGACCGUCCGGCACAGCUCGCAGAGGAACAAGCUGGUGGUGGUCGUGCACUCCUGCAGAAAUCUCAUUGCCUUCUCUGAAGACGGCUCUGAUCCCUACGUCCGCCUGUAUUUGUUACCAGACAAGAGGAGGUCAGGAAGGAGAAAAACACACGUGUCAAAGAAAACGCUGAACCCCGUGUUUGAUCAGAGCUUUGAUUUCAGUGUCUCGUUGCCGGACGUGCAGAGGAGAACCUUGGACGUGGCCGUGAAGAACAGCGGUGGCUUCCUGUCCAAAGACAAAGGGCUUCUCGGCAAAGUCCUGGUCGGUCUGGCAUCUGAAGAACUCGCCAAAGGCUGGACCCAGUGGUACGACCUCACGGAGGAUGGGACGAGGCCCCACGUGGUGACGUAGGCUGCGCUGGCCGAGGAGCCCCCGCUGUAUCCGCCAGCCCCGUGCCGACACGCAGCCCACACAGACGCACCCAUGCUCUUUUUAUAAUUUCAUGUACUUGGUUACUUGUCCCUUAGUGGUUUUAUAAAACAUUGACGUUUUAGGCAUAUUUGGCCAUUAUUAGCAUUAAGUUUUGUAUGUUUAAUUUCCUCUAGUCUGACCAGUUGUUUCGGCGUGCAUAGGGUAGUGGCCAACCGUGGUGUGUGUAAAGCUGUGUGUCAGUUGUCUCUCCUGGGAAGCCGAUAUAUGGUUGUGCUUUUUUAUUGCUUUGUUUUGUAUAUCACUGAGGUGCACUAUGCUGUGUAAAUAGACUAUUUUUUAUAAUCUCUACAUGCUGGUUUGAAUUCAGAAGAAAAUGGAUCAAGGAAAUAUAUAUUUUUUUUCUUCUAAAACUUAUUAAAUUCUUAUGACAAAUAACCGUUUUUGUCUCUGCAGGAAAAAGCUCUCAGUGACCUAUUUUUUGGUGUUUCUUUUUAAAAAGAAAAGCUGAAAGAUUAGUAAAUAUUAGUAUAUUUCUGCCCAUUAUGAAUGAUGAAAGAAUGUAUUCAAAGUAUUUACACUUUCAUAAAUAUAAAGAUGUAUUAUUGAGAAGUCAGUUGAAGUGCUUAUCAGGAAAAAUGUCACAUAACUGAGUUAUAUAAAAUAUUAAGAGAGUUGUCAUGGUUCAUAAAUCAUAGUGCACUAAUCUGAAAUUUCUUACAUAAAAUGGAAUGUCUUAAGUUUAUUUCUAGUUGCUUGUUGUAACUUAUUCAUGAAACAGUGCAGAUACAUAAUCAUACUUUUCCUGAAAUGUAAUAGACGGAUUUUAAAUGUUAGCAGUUAGUCUGUUGUGAAAUUUACAGUGUUUUUCAGCCCGAAAAGAAAGACAAACUCACGUUGUCCCUGUAGAGGCUGUGAGGUAGGUCGGGGUGAGUAGCUAGGAAGUCGCGGCGGGAGCCGACGCCGGCCCGUGAUCGUCAGCGUGACGCACACAGAGGACAGAGCCCCCGAGCCGGCGCCAGCCACCACCGCAGCCCCGGGGUUCCGGCACAGCGGCUGCUGGUUGUAAGGAACCCCUUACUGGGUUUCCUCACUUUAUGCCAUGACUGACCUCAGUAUUGGAAUAUUGUUAUACAACUUUUAUUUGGGAAUAUUUUUCUUCUUAGAUUAUGAAAAGCAUGUUUUAGAUACUUAAAGGCCGCAAGCCUCUUACAAGGUGAGGCUCCAUAGCCGUGCGGCAGCUGUGCAUGCCCCGAGCACAGGGUGCACGUGUGCAGAAAGAGCUUUAAGGAUUCUGAGACGUGUGGUGCAAAUGACUUCCUUAGCCAGAGGGCACCCUACAGCUACGUAGUAAUCCCGGGGAAAAUAGAGCUGUGAGAUUGAGUCAGAGACCUCACUAGGGCCCCCGCCAUGGACUCCUGGGCGUGACCGGCCUGCCCAAGUGCCUGUGUGGACGCCACCACUGCUCCUGCCCUCUGGCGGGUUUCAGUGGUGUCCACCGCACACCUUGAACCCUGGGUGUGCGUGUGAUGGGGCCUGUAGCCUUGCGGUACGUCUCAUGCAGUCGUGCAGACCCGGUGCUCUCGCAGCUUCCUGGGUCAUGAAGCUUCUCCGAAGCCCCAGCAGAGACCAUCUUCUCUGUCAGCGCGGGAGGGCCUUACGAACCUGGUGACACUCAGGGGUGUGUGCUCGGGAAACAUCUAACUCUGGUACUGCAGCAGCGUGAGGAAGACAGGUAAUUCCUAAAUCUAAUUGCCUGCCCGUGAUACUAGAUCUUUGGAGAUUUUUUAAAAAUUAGGUUUGUUGUGGGAAUUCCCUGGUGGUCCAGUGGUUAGGACUCGACGCUCUCACUGCCAGGGGCCCGGGUUCGAUCCCUGGCUGGGGAACUAAGAUCCCACAAACCACGCGGUGCAGCCAAAAAAAAAAAAAAAAAAGUUUGUUGCAGGGCUUCUGGCAGUGGUCCCCAGCCUUUUCGGCACCAGGGACCGGUUUCGUGGAAGACAGUUUUUCCAUGGACUGGGGGUGGGGUGGGGGAAGAUGGCUCGGGCGGUAACGCCAGCGAUGGGGGGCGACGGGGAGCGGCAGGUGAAGCUUCGCUCGCUCGCCCGCCGCUCGCCUCCUGCUGUGAGGCCAGGCUCCUAACCGGUCCUCCUCCCCGGGGUUGGGGACCCCUGGCUCCUGGCAUAUUUCUAAGACAGGAGAAACACUCACUGAAAUGUAGCAUACCAGUGAUUUCUACCAACAUCCCCAGCUUUUGGGUUUUGUAGCCACGUGGUUCACCUGUUCAAUGUGUAUUUUACAUGGUGGAAUACUUCAGUUAAGCAAUUAGGCAAAAUAAAUGCCGUGAAACGUACAAAACCCAAACAAAGCCAAUUAGCAGCAUGAUGCCCACCCUCUGUGUGGACCGUGGGGCUGGACACAGACCCAGCAAACAGCUCCAUUCUCUUUGAAAGGAAAGCGAUGACUCUGAGGUCACUGAAACACCUCCCAGGUAGGAUUCUGUCUUGAUGGCCGAUGGGUGUUUUGGGAACCUCUUGUGUCCAGUUGGGCAGCUGAGAAUCAGUAUCAGGCCAGACCUCCGCCGGGCUCCAGGAUCCUGGCGAUGGACACUCCGUUCUCAAAACCUUCAUGGCCGGUGGUUCUGAAUAAUUGAUUCAUCUGGGAAAAGGGAACUUUAGCUUUUCUACCUGGAGCCAAACCAAUGGAGGGGAAAUUAGCGUUGGUUAAUUUGAAUUGUUACUUUGUUGCUUAUCCUGUGCCUUAAAGUAGGAAGUGUGAGGCAGUUGCUUCAGGUUAAAACAGAAAGAGCCUUGCAGCUGAAUUCACCACAGUUUCUUCCUUAUCCAGAGGUCAGCCCUCCUUUGUCAAGCACUGAAGCCAGAUGCAGUCAGCGUGUGUGUUUAUAUUGUGGUUGUUGCUUUAACUCCAGUCCAGCUGGAUGGCCUGCUGUGGAUGGAACACAGCAGAAGGUUUAUUGUAGAAUGCCCUUUCCACUCAGCUAAUUUUACACGACAGUGCAUGUGUUUAUUCAAUAAAACGUUUCUGUUAGCUCA